GAUCUUCACACUUUAACUCAUCUUGCCCUUCCUGGUCAGGCAUAACAACAGUGAUGGCGGCUGCAGCACGGUUCUUCGUCCGAGGUGCCAACUCGAAACUUUCCAUCGCUCACAGCUCUUUCGGAGCCACUCUGCUGAAAGUGUCGCCGAGCUGCAACUCCCGUACAAAAACACAACGGCGACAUGCAGCGCACUUUACCUUCCAGCCUGACCCCGUCCCGACACAGUACGGUCCCACACAGAAGAUGAACUUGUUCCAGUCAGUUACAAGUGCCUUGGACAACACUCUCGCCAGUGAUCCUACAGCAGUCAUCUUUGGGGAAGAUGUUGCCUUUGGUGGAGUAUUCCGAUGCACAGUGGGUCUGAGAGACAAAUAUGGUAAGGACAGAGUAUUUAACACUCCCCUUUGUGAGCAGGGGAUUGUGGGAUUUGGUAUUGGUGUAGCUACUGCUGGUGCCACAGCCAUCGCUGAGAUCCAGUUUGCUGACUACAUCUUUCCUGCUUUUGACCAGAUAGUCAAUGAGGCAGCCAAGUACCGCUACCGUUCUGGCAACUUGUUUGACUGCGGCAACCUCACCAUUCGGGCUCCGUGGGGAUGUGUUGGACACGGAUCACUUUACCACUCUCAAAGCCCAGAGGCCUUCUUUGCUCACUGCCCUGGCAUCAAGGUUGUAAUACCUCGUGGCCCAGUGCAAGCCAAGGGGCUACUCCUCUCCUGCAUUGCUGACAAGAAUCCGUGCAUAUUCUUUGAGCCCAAGAUCCUGUAUAGAGCAGCAGUGGAGCAGGUUCCUGUGGAGCCUUACACCAUCCCACUGUCGCAGGCCGAGAUCCUACAGGAAGGAAGUGAUGUCACUCUGGUUGCCUGGGGGACACAGAUCCAUGUGAUGAGGGAGGUGGCUAACAUGGCUCAAGAGAAACUCGGAGUGUCAUGCGAGGUCAUCGAUCUACAGACCAUCCUGCCCUGGGAUGUUGAAACUGUUUGCAAGUCUGUGGUGAAAACUGGACGUUUACUCAUCAGUCAUGAAGCUCCAGUAACCGGAGGCUUUGCUGCUGAAAUCAGCUCCGCAGUACAGGAGGAGUGCUUCCUUAACCUGGAGGCUCCCAUCAGUAGGGUCUGUGGUUAUGACACACCCUUCCCCCACAUCUUUGAACCCUUCUACAUCCCAGACAAGUGGAAGUGCUUUGAUGCGAUCAAGAGGAUGAUCAACUACUGAACCCGUCAGAGCCAACUUCUGGUAGUCCUGAACUCCACGCUCUCCUCCUUUUCCUCUCCAAUCAGUGGAGAGCAGCCAGGAAAAGACACUUUGUUGACCAUCCAAUCAGGAAGCAGUAUCCAGAUGGGCUCCAUCUCUAGCUAAAAGACUGUUACAGAACCUCUGGAUUAGGGAACCUCACUCUGUUGCAAGGGAAAAUGACUUUAUCCAGUCUAUAUGAUGAAACUCUACGUUGGCUUCAACAAAAUGCGCAUAAUUUAAUUUCCUCUUAAAUAAAAGUUGGAUACUGCAGGGGAACUCCAAUUGGUUGCAUUUGUGACUGCCUUUCUGUGCUGUUACUUUUGAUUUAAUGUGUCCAAUGCUGCUCUAAUCUUUAUUUAGUUUGACAUGAACUGAACCUCACUGUACUAAUAUAAUGGAUCUGUGGUUUUUAAGGAAAAUAAAAUGAUCAGAAUUAGUGGAAACA